GCGAUUGUUUAACACAGUGGGCCAGAUGUGGAUCACGUCAGAAGUGUCUGGUUGUAGCAGACGAGAGGUGUUCGAGAGGAAAUUGCAGACAGAGGGCCACGUGCGUAUGUCCUGUCUACAAGUGUAGGUUCUGUAUGUCCGGGUAUGUGAUAGAUGAAUCUGGGUGCCAAACCUGUCAGUGUCGUGCGACUACCACGAAGCCGGGCGUUGUCAAGUCUGGGUCAAUGUCCGCCAUUGAAGGGCAAACGGUCAUGUGACGUCACGUGUCACGGUGAUGGCGACUGCUCCGGGUCCCAGAAGUGUUGUUCCAGGGGGUGUGGCCGUGCAUGUUUGGAGCCUGUCGCUCCACCGCCGACGUCGUUACCCCCGCCGUCGUUACCCUCGCCCCAAGAGUGUCCGCGCGGUGUCCCCGCCUUCAUGUGCAAGUGGUUUCACAAACUCGUCAAGGUUUUCAUGAACAUGUUCAGUAAAAUGGGCAAAUAAACCUGCCUCCAUGUUAGCGUCAAACAUGUAACCGCUCGGUGUGUUCCUUCAAGUUAUACCAGUACUAGGAAAUAAGACACGUUUAAACGUUUAAAGAAAAAAAAAUUAACUUUUUUUCCUCAUAGUUUUCUUUUUAUAAAUAGUUUCAAUGGUUGACAUAUCAUUUGCGUA